GAUUAUGGGAUUUGCAUACUUAAGUCGGUCUAUUCCCUCUCAGAUAUACAUUCUUACCAACCAGUGAACCUUCUCGCCUCUGUGCUGGUUUUCUUCGAUACUUCCCAUCAUUUUCAAUCAUUGAUUUCCUGCCACCUAGCUUAGGAAUUGCAACAACUUUGCCCAUCAUGCAUGUGUCAGAGCUGCUCCUUUUCAUGUUGGCUCUCUCUGGCCCUGCUUCCUGUGCCACCAGUGGUAGACCGGACGGGCCAUUCCAGCUCUACGCAUACGGAGAAAACGUUGGAGGCCUCGUCUUGUUCUCAGACGGAGAACACGUGUACGCAGGCGACCACAGCCUGCUCCGUGAUGCCGAGACAGCCCCAGUCAUCUUCACGGACAACGAGGGGGCGUGGACCUGUUCUCCCAACAUCACCGGGCUGGCCGACAAUGCCCAGCCGACGUGGGACAACCUCACUUUUGCCAUCCCCAGCUUUGCUUCAUCCCAGCACAAUGUUUCCCUCGUCGAUGCUACGGGUAACGAUACUUCUCACCUGGUCGUUGACGGAUUUGCUUUCUAUGGGGCUGUCGCCUUUGCCACCGACAAUGGGGGGCUGGUUUCGCGUUGGCAGGGCAUCCCCUCGGGUGUCGAAGGAGUGUAUAAUCUGAAAUGGAAUGAGACGGAGGAUGUGGAGGGCGAGGUACUCUUCACGCUGACGGUUACCGUCCCAGCCACCGCUUAAAUUUUGUGCAUGGCCUCCAAUGAAGCGUCGUCUUUAGGCUCUUAAAAAUCUAUGUGAGCACAGUCGCUCAUUCAUAGAUCAAGUGACGUUGCUUUGGGGGCUUUAUAAAUCUUCUGCACAGUAUCUCCCGGCGAUGGAGUAGAGAUGGCGACGGCAUGUUGUAGGUGCGUGCGCACCCGUAGGCAAUUCUACAGACAAGAAUCUCCCUUCCGCUAUAUUAAUGGUGAUUCAAUUAUAGUUUGUCUCUCCGUAAAGAGAAAGAGAAAUACGAAGACGACACUAAGGAAGAUAUCGGGCCUGG